AUGCAGCACGCGAUGCAGCACGAGAUGCAGCAGCAGCACUUUGGUGCGCCGCCCUACAUGGCCAAUGGCCGCAUCAAGUCGGAGAACGGCUCUGAGCGCGGUGUCUCACCGCACCCUUCAGACUCGUCGCGCUACUCGUCGCAGCAGCCGCAACAGCCUCUCCCCUCGUACCCAGCCAUGCCGCCCCAGCACAUGAAUGGCAUGCGGUAUCCGUCGCCCUCGCAGAUGCAGGCCCCGAUGCCCAUGCUCAACAACAACAACUACAUUCCCCAGCCGCCGGACCACGCGUACGGCCAGCAGCAGCAACAACAGGUGCCCGACCAACAGCAGCAUCAGGGCGGCCGUCCCGCGUCGGACACGGGGCCACCCAAGGCUUUCGCGUGUUCAACUGGCAUCCGUCCCCACGUGUGCGACUACCCCAACUGCGGCAAGCAGUUUAUCCAGCGGUCCGCGCUGACCGUCCACCAACGCGUCCACACUGGCGAGAAGCCACACAUGUGUGAGCGCUCGUGGAAAGGUACGUUCGCACAUUCGACGGCGAAGGGCCUCGCUAACAUCACCCAGCCCUUCAGUGACUCGAGCUCGCUCGCAAGACAUCGUCGCAUCCACUCAGGAAAGCGACCGUACAAGUGCCCAUACGCCGACUGCCAGAAGACUUUUACGCGCCGCACUACUCUCACACGUCACCAGAACCAUCACACUGGGACUGUCGAAGAGGCGGCUGCCGCCACUGCUGCUGCCCUCGCCUCCCGUGCUGCUGCACCAAGCAGGACCGGUCGCUCAGAUGGCGGCGACUACUCCGAGAACGCGUCGCCACUAAACACGCCUUCGCCUGGCGACCGCACCCUCUCCAUGUCUCCUGCCAACGGGAUGCCUGCUGGUGUUGUUCCUGGCAUGCACCGUCAAGCGACCGACUACGCCUACAUGGGUGGCAUGAAUGUCCCACCUCACAUGCGCAGCGAGAUGCCGCAGCCCAGCCCGCGCGCAUCUCCAGCUUUGACCACGCAAUCGUAUUCCAGCGCCCUGCCAUCCCCCGGACAGGCAGACAAUGGCUACGUCUACCCUGAGCCACAGUACGGCAACACGCAAAACAGCAUGUACUACCAGAACCACAACAUCCGCCGCCCCAACAGCACAGAGCCCGACCAUUAUAACGCAAACCCGCAACGCAUGGGUAACGACUUGUGGGCGCCCGCCGUGCAAUAG